AUGGAACCCGGAUUUCUGAAGAAUGAAGAAUCAAGUGCAGGGUUUAAAGAUCCAACGAAAUACCGGAGUCUCGUGGGUGGGCUUUUAUAUCUUGCGUGUAAUACUAGACCGGACGUAGCAGCGUGUACGGCAAUUCUUGGCCGUAAGUUUAGUGAUCCGACGGAAGCUGACUGGACUGCAGCAAAGAGAGUGCUCCGAUAUUUAAAGAAGACAGUUAACUACAGCCUGCGUUUAGGGGGAGAUUUACGUCAACCGCUUGUCGGUUAUUCGGAUUCCGACUGGGCGGGCGAUGUGAAUAGUCGAAAAUCAACAUCUGGUUUUGUAUUCUUUCACGGAGGAGCUCUGAUAUCUUGGGCGAGUCGUCUUCAAACUUCAAUCGCUCUGUCGUCAAUGGAAGCCGAGUACUUGGCGCUGAGUGAAGGUUGCCAAGAGACCGUGUGGUUGCGGCAAUUGCUUUGCGAUUUUGGUGAGGAGCAGGAGACUCCUACUGUUGUGAACGAAGACAACCAGGGGUGUAUCGCGUUCGUUCGUACGGAACGAUGCAAUCGUCGAUCCAAGCAUAUUGACACUCGUGAAAAGUUUGUUAAGAAUUUGUGUGAGAAGAAGGUGAUUGAAUUGCGUUAUUGUUCAACUGACCAAAUGAUUGCGGAUGUUAUGACAAAGCCUCUGGGUCCUAGUAAGCAUCAACAGUUUUGUGAAAUGAUGGGUCUUGGAGAUUGGAAUGAACCCGAUGGUCAUUGA